AUGUUCUCAACUAAUAAAACAACAAAAUGCAGGAAAAGGGUGGAAGACUAUAAUAAGAACAAAGAACAAGGGCAACAAAUAGAAAACAGUAAUGAAUAUGGCUGUGGUGGUAACAGCUGUUCUUUGAGUUUUGCUGUGCUGCCCCUGGAUGACAAGAAGAGGGAUGCUAGAUAUUCAGCUGAGAAAGACAAAGACCCAGUGAACAAAGGCAAAGUUUAAGACAAGCUCAAUAACCUUCUUGACAAAACAACAUAUGACAAACUCUGUCAGGAAGUUCCCAGCUACAAGUUUAUAAUCCCACCUGUUGCUCCUGAGAGACUGAAGAUCCAUGGCUCCUUGGCCAGGGCAGGCAUUCAGGAGCUCCUUAGUAAAGGACGUAUUAAGCUAGUUUCAAAGCACAGAGCUAAAGUAAUUUAUGUUCGAAACACCAAAGGUAAGGAUGCCCCAGCUUCUGGUGAAGAUACAUGA